AUGAUUUAAUAGAAAUAAUAUUUUAACGAUCUAUAAAAAUUUAUAAGCUCCUAACUUUAAUCUCAUUAGGUUCUCUGUAUUAAUAUUAAUAGGUCGAAUGAAAUUGGUGAUAAAGUCUCAUCACAUUUAGGCUUUGCUUUAACAAAGUGUAUUAAUCUCUCAAAUUUAACACUUUUUCUUAAAUAGAAUUAAAUUGGUGUAAUUGGUAUAUAAGAAUUAGGUUCUGGUUUAGCAUAGUGCACUAAUCUCUCAAAUUUGAUACUUGACCUUGAGAGGAAUAAAAUUGGUGAUGAAGGUUCAUCAGAUUUAGGUUCUGCUUUAGCAAAGUGCACUAAUCUCUCAAAUUUAACCCUUGAUCUUAGGUGGAAUUUUAUUGGUGAUAAAGGUAUGUCAAGCUUAAGUUCUUGUUUAGUAAAGUUUACUAAUCUUUCAAAUUUGACAAUUGACCUUAGUUACAAUUAUUUUAGUGAUGAAGGUACAUCAGGAUUAGGUUCUGGUUUAGCAGAGUGCACUAAUCUUUCAUUUUUGAAACUUCAUCUUAAUUGGAGUUAUAUUGGUGUAAUUGGUGUGUCAGGUUUAUGUUCUGGUAUAGAAAAGUGCACUAAUCUCUCAAAUUUGACACUUGCUCUAAACUGUAAUUUAAUUGGUGAUGAGGGUGCAUCAGGCUUAGGAUUUUGUUUAGUAAAGUGCACUAAUCUCUAAAAUUUGAAGCUUCGUCUUAGCCAGAAUCAAAUUGGUGUAGAAUAGAAUAGAAUAGAAUACUCGCACAUAAAUAUGCACUCAGAAUACAUCUUAAACAAUUAGUUUUAUAAUAGUUAUAUAAAUUUAAAUGUGUUUAUAUUUUUUAUUUUUUGA